CGCCCCUCCAAACCAUCGACCCCACGACUAGCCUCAACUUCUUCCCCUGUAAACCAGGAAGCCACUGCCACUCUCUUACAUAUGCCAUCUUCCAAUUCCAUCCCCAAAUGCUAAAGAUAAUUGCUUAAUUUCCCAUUUUCCCAUCUUCAAUCUGCUUCUUGAGUUUUCAGCUUCUGCUAGGAAAAUGGAUGGAUCAACAGUCCAAAGCAGCAGCAGUGUGGACUCAUUUUUACGGAACUAUAAGCUCGGGAAAACUCUUGGCAUUGGAUCGUUUGGCAAAGUUAAAAUAGCUGAACAUACCCGAACUGGGCACAAAGUUGCUGUCAAGAUUCUUAAUCGCCGAAAAAUCAGGAACAUGGACAUGGAAGAAAAAGUGCGAAGGGAAAUCAAAAUAUUGAGAUUGUUCAUGCAUCCUCAUAUUAUACGGCUUUAUGAGGUAAUAGAGACACCUUCAGAUAUAUAUGUUGUGAUGGAAUAUGUGAAAUCUGGCGAGCUGUUUGAUUACAUUGUUGAGAAGGGCAGAUUGCAGGAGGAUGAAGCUCGUAAUUUUUUUCAGCAGAUAAUUUCUGGUGUUGAAUACUGCCAUAGAAACAUGGUGGUUCAUAGGGACCUUAAGCCCGAAAACCUCCUUCUGGAUUCCAAAUGGAAUGUGAAGAUAGCAGAUUUUGGUUUGAGCAAUAUCAUGCGUGAUGGUCAUUUUCUGAAGACAAGUUGUGGAAGCCCGAAUUAUGCUGCCCCAGAGGUUAUAUCAGGAAAAUUAUAUGCUGGCCCUGAGGUAGAUGUAUGGAGCUGUGGCGUUAUUCUUUAUGCUCUUCUCUGUGGCACCCUUCCAUUUGACGAUGAAAACAUUCCCAACCUUUUUAAGAAAAUAAAGGGCGGAAUAUAUACUCUGCCCAGCCAUUUAUCAGCUGGUGCAAGGGAUUUGAUUCCAAGGAUGCUUAUAGUUGACCCAAUGAAGCGAAUGACUAUUCCUGAGAUUCGCUUGCACCCUUGGUUCCAAGCUCAUCUGCCACGUUAUUUGGCCGUACCUCCACCAGAUACAAUGCAACAAGCCAAGAAGAUCGAUGAAGAGAUUCUUCAAGAGGUGGUUAAGAUGGGAUUUGACAGGAGCAACCUUAUUGAAUCACUUCGCAAUAGAGUCCAAAAUGAGGGCACUGUCGCAUAUUAUUUGUUACUAGACAAUCGCCAUCGUGUUUCCACUGGCUAUCUGGGAGCUGAAUUUCAGGAGUUUGUGGAAUAUGGCUACAAUCGAAACAAUUCAAAUGAAGCUGUUACUUCCCCUGUUGGGCAACGCUUCCCAGGAAUAAUGGAUUAUCAGCAAGCUGGUGCGAGACAGUUUCCCAUCGAAAGAAAAUGGGCUCUUGGACUCCAGUCUCGGGCACAUCCACGUGAGAUAAUGACUGAAGUUCUGAAAGCUCUGCAAGAACUAAACGUGUGUUGGAAAAAGAUUGGUCAAUAUAACAUGAAAUGUCGAUGGAUUCCUAGCGUACCAGGUCAUCAUGAAGGCAUGGGUAUUAAUUCUAUGCACGGGAGUCAGUUCUUCGGAGAUGAUUCAACCAUUACUGAGAAUGAUGGGGUCUCUAAAUUAACAAAUGUGGUCAAGUUUGAAGUUCAGCUUUACAAAACUAGAGAGGAUAAGUACCUGCUUGACCUUCAGAGGGUUCAGGGUCCACAAUUCCUCUUCUUGGAUCUCUGUGCUGCUUUUCUUGCUCAGCUUCGAGUCCUCUGAAAUCCACGAAAUAAGGAGCUAACUUGGAAGACUAUCGAUGUUUUCCAGAAAAGCUCGUGCUUGUAUAUAAUUGGUAUACCAGCUCAGUUACUGCAUUUGUCUGUUAACAAAUUCCACCCUGCUUGGUCAGAGGUGCCUAGCAACUCUUUUUGUUGAUUCGCUAGGAGUUCUAGCUACUUUUCUUUUGUGGCAUGUUUCUUCUUAACAUUGUCAGUGUCUAUGGAGUUUCAGUUACCUACACUUUCCACUUAUGGAUUGAACUAAAGAUUCCAUUUUGCAAGAUGAGCAGUCUCUCUUUGACCCUUGUACUAUUAGGAUGAAUUUACUUAUUCCUUCUCCUUUUCCUGAUUA